GUGCCACUAGAAGUUGAGAGGGUUGACACUUGACAGUGGGAUUAAUCGAGUAUAAAUCCCUUUCAACAUUCCGCUUGAUCUUGUACUUCCGUUAUUUCCAUUAAUUACUGUACCGUACUGAGCAGCUACCCCACCGGAUCGAAUCUGAUUACGCCCACAUACUACGGAGCAGUGUCAUUGCAAUAGUGUUGUUACAGAGUGCUCUCAGCAUAUAUUCGCCUUUACCGCCUUGUCCAUCCGUCAAUCGCGUUUGAGACGUCUAUUACCAACAAUGGCCACAGCAGCGCCUCUUCAGCCAACUGCGGCCCAUCAGCCGGCUUUCGCUGCCACCGUACCCGAACCUGUCUCUGCUCCUUCCAAUCUUACUGUCCCGCGUGGACCGGUUGAGGCAAAGCUCUCCUACUAUACCCCUCCGGCGGAUGGCUCCCGUCCGUACGGCUACGUUGAGCAGCCGCCAGAAGGCGUGCCACAGCGCAACUACAGCAAAGAAGAUCACGAGGUUACAAUUGAAGACCUUCGUGGGCGCGAGACCGACUUCACCCUUGACAAGAAUGCGUUCGAGGUCUUGGCGAACGUCCCCUCAGCGACAACAUACACAACGUUUGAUUCCGAUGACGAGGUUGAAAAGGUGUAUUACCCUGAAGUAGAGAAGCUCCUCCUCGACAGCCUGCCUGGCGCGCACCGCAUUUUCAUCUUCGAUCAUACCAUCCGCCACGCAAGGCCCAAUUCCAAUCGGAGUCCUGUCACACAAGUCCACAUCGAUCAAACUCCUGCUAGCGCCAAGCAAAGAGUUGAGCAUCAUUUGCCGGACGAGGCAGCCGAGCUAGUUCGUGGCCGGUAUCGCAUCGUGAACGUGUGGCGUCCACUUAAUCCUCCAGUAUACUCCUUCCCCCUCGCCAUUGCGGACUCAUCGACGGUUAGAGAUGAGGAUCUCGUCGGAGUGGAGCAUCGAUAUCCAACACGUACGGGAGAAACGGCAGGGGUGAAAUAUCACAAAGGGCAGAAGUGGUACUAUCUGUCGGGCAUGCUUGGCAAUGAACGUUUGUUGCUCAAGUGCUCCGACAGCGAUGGAACAGUCGGAGGUUACGGCCGGGCACCUCAUACCGCUUUCAUCGACUCGAGGACUCCGGAUGGGGCGCCAGGUCGGGAAAGUAUUGAAGUGCGAGCACUCGUUUUUGGUUGAGGGGUCUGUCAUAUAAUGAUAUGAUUGUCUCGAUAGUGCGCGUGAGAAUGAUGAACCUAUCGUCACCAUCACUGAGAACUCCAUGAUUGCUGUAGGCAGGGGAUCCUGCUAUCCAAGGAAUCAAUCAUGUGCGGUUCAACCCUUUUUGGAUUUCAACAGAAAGUCGUCCAUCCGCUUCAUCCAGUCCCCCGUCCUCUCCCCUGUCCUGC